CAUAAGUUUCAAUCAGGAUUCUUCGCUGCUCUGUGUAUCCAGUGAUCACGGUACUGUCCAUAUUUUUGCAAUUGAGGAUGCAAAAAAGAAUAAACAGUCAAGUCUUGCAUCAGCCAGUUUUCUUCCCAAGUACUUCAGUUCCAAGUGGAGUUUUUCAAAAUUUCAAGUUCCCAAUCAAGCUCAUUGCAUCUGUGCAUUUGGGGCAGAUUCCAACUCAGUCAUAACGGUAUGUGCAGACGGCAGUUACUACAAAUUUGUUUUCAACAGUAAAGGCGAAUGCAAUCGAGACGUUUCAACCAACUUCCUCGAAAUGACAGAUGACAAAGUAUGAAGCACAUCAUGGCAUGCAGUGCGACUACUAACAUAUCAUUUUUAACCUGAAUGCAAACCUUCGUAUAUGUUUCGUUCAGUCGUGAAGUGAUUUUCUAAAUGGUGCGUACCAAUUGACCAGCUUACCAGAAUGGAUUCUGGAAUUGGACUGGUUUGUGUUGAAUAAAUCUUCUGGUUGAAUAAAAAAACAAAUCUUAUAAAAAUAAUACAUAGAAUUUUUUUAAUGAAAAUGCAAAAGUAUUCCAAUCAAAUGCAUGUAUAUUUUAGAUAUUUUAUUAAUCAUAAAGUAUAUAUUUCUUUGAAAUUACAUUUAGUGUUAUUGUUGAUAUCGUAUUCUCAAAGCCUGUUACUUUUAUGUAUCCUGCUGUUUUGUUAUCAGGGUACGUAUUGCUAUAUUAUAUACUGUACUCAAAUACCAUCAAAUACUAAUAGAUAAUAGAAUAAAUUUUGAUGGAUAAAAUCAUCUUUGUGACUGCUAGAGUUAUGUAGAUAAAUGUGACCUAAAAAAAUAAAAAUUUUUUACAUAA